GGAGAAGAAGCAGACUUAGUAUUGCACGACGGUUCGCCUAAUAUAGGUUGUGACUGGAGGGUAGAUGCUUUUAAUCAAUUAAAUUUAGUUUUAUCUGCAUUGAAUAUAGCAAUAGGUUGUUUAAAGAGAGGGGGUGUGUUUAUAUCAAAGCCUCAACAUAUUGAUAAACGUUUAUUAGAUCCUAAGUAUGUAUUUUCGUCUGUUGAUGAUGAGGAUAAUAAUAUUAAUAAUAUUAUUAAUGAAGAUAAAGAUAAAGGGGUAAAGACAGCAAAAGAAAGAGAAGAAGAAGAUGAAGAAGAAGAAGAAGAAGAAGAAGAGAGCAAACAAACGACGAAAAAACAAAAUCAAAAUAAACUUAUAUCUAUUUUUAAUAAUGAUGAAGAUAAAACAAAUAAAGUGUCAUUAGCACAAGCUAUUAAUAACGCUAAAAAGAAAAAUAAAACAGGAUAUACUGUAGAUCCUAUAAAGAAGAAAGUCGUAUCUUUUUAUCAAUUCUUCUUCUCUAAUAACCCUGUCGAAUUGCUGCUCUCUGCUUCAGCAUUGCAACCAUACCCUAUACACCCCAACAGCAGCAGCAGCAGCAGCAGCAGCAACAGCAGCAAAGGCAGCAGCAGCAGUAAUAUGAAGUGUGAUGAAAGCAAAGAAGAAGGAGAUGAAGAGAGACACAUUGAAGAGAUAAUAACUGACAAAAUAUUAAAACAUCCCUGCACAACAGAAGACGUUAAAGAAUAUUGUAACGAUUUGAAGCUGUUAGGUAAAAGAGAAUAUCAAUCGUUGCUUCGCUGGAGGUUUAAAGUCAGAAGAGCCCUCGCCUUAGAAGAGAAACAGCAGCAAUUGCAGCAGCAGCAGCAGCAGCAGCAGCAGCAGCAAGUGCAGCAGCAGCAAGUGCAGCAGAAGCAGCAAGGAGAAGAAACGGAAGAAGAUGAUGAGCCUGAUAAGGAGUUGGGUUUGCUUCAGUCUGAGCUGCACAGACGAAAGCAGAGGCAGGAGAGAGAAGCAGCAAAGAAGUUAAAGUUGCUGCAGCAGAAGCAGCAGCUGUCACGGGGUGUAUAUACAGCUGAAGAGACAGAAGAAGAUUUGUUUUGUCUCUCAAAGGAGACAGUUGCUGCACUUGAGCAAGAGAACAAGUAUUUACCCUCUACAGCAUUAUAUGAAGAAGACGAUGAUAAAGAUAUUAAUAAAAAUAUACUUAAAAAUAAAUCUCUUACAGAUGAACAUUCUAACGAACAUUUUGAAACAUUACUGCAAAACGAAUAUCAAAGCCAUGUAGACAGGUUGGAGGCGGCCCUGGAGUUGUCGAUGAAAGCGAGAGCAGCAAGUGUAGCAGCAGCAGCAGACAAACGAAAAGAAAAAAAACAAAGACGAAGACAAAAGGUUUUACAAGAGAGACAAGGAGAGAUGCUUGCUGCUGCUGCUGCAGCGCAGCAAGCAUCUCUGCAGCAGCAGUACUUGCUAAAUAAACAAGAAGAACAAGAAGAAGAAGGAGACAGCGGUUUGUCUGAUGAAGACAAAACAAACAAAUAUCAACAAACGCAUAAACAUGAAUAUCUAGAUGAGGAGCUGCCGAGUGCUCUUGUAGCAGCAAAAGCUGCAGCAUCAAAAUCAAGCAGCUCAGCAGCAGCAGCAGCAGCAGGAGGAGGAAAAGCAGCAGCAGCAAGUGAGAGUCGUGCUGCAGUAGUUGCUGCUCGGUGGUUUAAUCAAUCUCUCUUUUCUUCUACAGCAGCAGACGACAUUGCUGAUAAUCUCUUAGCUGAGAGCUUUGAUCCUGUGCUGCAGCAGCAGCAGCAGCAGCAGCAUCAGCAGCAGCAGCAGCAGGAAGAAGAAGAAGAGAUAAAAGAGUUAGCUGAUGAAGACCUGCCUCAAAUACCUCUGUCUGAUAAACACAUUAGAAAGUUAAAAAGAAAAAAAGAUGAAGAGAAAAAAGCAGCAAAACAACAAAAAGAGACAGGAGACAGUUCGCUGAUGCUCGAGACAAAGACAGACAAAGUCUGGUGA